AAAGGGGCACACAGCGAGAGAGGCGGGCACGGAGCGCGUGAGUCAACGUGCUCCCUUGGGUUAGGAGCGGGACUUCGCCUCCCGCCCGGGGUCCACAUUUCAUCUCCAGGUUCAGCAACUCACCCACGAAUACUGGCCCCCUCCGGAGGCUAGAUCUGCUGCCUUUCCGUCUAGCUCACUUGCUUGCCAAGGAGGCCAGUUCACCUUGUGAAGGCAAGAUCCCAAUAGGAAGCUUUCAACUAAUGACUGAUGAGGAAUUGGUGGAUAAAAACACCACAACUUCUUUGCUGCUCAACUGAAGUAUGUCUAAGAUGUGUUCUCACUGUCUCCCAGCAUUCUCUACAGUGAGUUGCUGAUUUGAUAUGUCUGGAGUGAGUCCCCAGAAUCUGCAUUUCUAAUAAAUCCCCAGGUGAUGCUCGUGCUGCUGGUCCAGGAGCCACACUGAACUACACAUCACUUCAGAUUCCUGUUAAUUUUUAUCUGCUUUUGCCUCCUACCUAAAAGUCACUCCAAGUAUUACAUGGCACUACUCCUGACAAGUACCUGAAAGUGUUUCUGGAUUCUCCUCCAGUGGAUCUGAUUCCUGCCCUGUAGCUUUCUGAAGAAUUGACAUUGAGCAUCAUUAGUGAAACUUGGCUACCACCUGACUGUACACAACAAGAGAGGCUUUGGAGAUCUUUUUUAGUUAAAACAAUAAUGACUUUCUUGGAAUGUAUUCCCAGUGGAGCCUGUUUUCUGUGUAGCCUGGAAGAACACCUAACUAACAUUGGCAAUUCCUCAAAGACCUUAUAAAAACCACUCUAUAUCAAACAACUGAGUGACUCUGGGUUGUUCAGGGGGACCCUAAGAACUGGGAAUAUCAAUUCACCUAGAAGAUUCUGCCACUGCUACUCAGAGCUGCUGCUAAAAUACCAUGUCUAAGAACUUGGAGUUCAUCAAUCUCUCAUUUUUAUUAGAUCAUGAGAAGGAAAUGAUCCUGGGAGUCUUAAAGAGAGAUGAAUAUUUGAAAAAAGUGGAGGAGAAGAGAAUAAGGAAGCUUAAAAAUGAACUCUUGGAAGCAAAACGUAGAAGUGGGAAGACUCAACAAGAGACAAGCAGAAUUUGCGCUCACUGUCAGAAAAACCUGGGUUUAAUAUUUGACCGGGGAGACCGAUGCCAGGCUUGCUCACUGAGAGUGUGCCGUGAGUGCCGGGUGUUGGGCCCUGAUGGCAGCUGGAGGUGCACUGUCUGUGCCAAAGUCGCGCAACUAAGGAUUGUAACUGGUGAGUGGUUUUUUGAAGAAAAGUCAAAACGUUUCAAGCAAGCCAAUGUUCUAGGCACAGAUGUUGUCCGACAGUCCAUCUUAAGAAGAAAUCCAGGAGGUGAAGAAAUACAAAGCCAAGAGAAAAACCACCAGGAUGCACAAAAGUCAAACACUUCACCUUCUGCUGGGCAGAAGGCCAGCCAUGAUGGGCUCAGGAGAAAGGGAUUUCUUCUUAGCAAGUUCAGAUCAGCAACCAGAGGAGAAAUCAUCAUAACGUCAAAAACUGAAAGUGGGCGGAGUUACAGCGUGGACUUAGAUAGCCAAAAUUUUCGGUAUUUAAAGUCAGCCCCCAGUUCAGACAGAGGAAGCACUGGCUCAUCAGAUCUUAAUGACCAGGAAGUUGGUCCUGGGACCCCGAAGAGCAGCCAGAGCAGUGGUAUUACCUCAGUCACUCAGAGGUCACCAGCUCUAAGUAUACACACUGUAACCUCAGUCAGCAGUAAAAAGGAGCAUGGUUUUGAAAAUCCUUUGGAUUUGGCUGCCACUGAAGGCCCCUCUGGAGACCUCACCAAGAAUCAUCGUAGAAACACUUCUGGCACCCCUUCCAUAGCAGUGUCUGGGGCCUCCCUCUCCUCAGACCGAAGUCAAUCUGAGUUAGAUUUGAGUGGGUCAUUUACAGAAGAUUUAGAGGAUACUGUAAAUUUAAGAAGCAGGUCUGUCUCUGGGGUUUUAGAUAAAGACAUGGACUCCUUGGAAGAGACUGAAGAAGGCAUUGAUGACUUAGUGUCCUCCAGGUUUUCUGCAAAUACCCACAGCCUAGCAAGUGGCCUGUCAACAAAUUCUCAAGCAGGAUCUGACAGAAAGUGGACCUACCUAAAUGUGCCUGAUGCCGACUCAGACACUAGCAGCCUUAACAGCAUGAUGAGUGUUUACAGUGAAACAGGAGACUAUGGCAACUUGAAGGUCAGUGGUGAAAUCCUUCUCCAUAUCAGCUACUGCUACAAAACUGGCGGGCUCUACAUUGUUGUCAAGAAUUGCAGAAAUCUGGCCAUAGGAGAUGAAAAGAAACAGAGGACAGAUGCUUAUGUCAAGUCAUACCUCCUUCCUGACAAGUCUAGAAACAAUAAGCGCAAGACCAAAAUCAGAACAGGCACCAAUCCAGAAUUCAAUGAAACACUAAAGUACACCAUCAGCCAUAGCCAACUGGAAACAAGAACGCUGCAGCUCUCGGUCUGGCAUUAUGAUCGAUUUGGACAUAACAGUUUCCUCGGGGAGGUAGAGAUUCCUUUUGACUCAUGGAACUUUGAAAAUCCAAGUGAUGAGUGGUUUGUGCUACAGCCCAAGGUGGAAUUAUCUCCUGACAUUGGCCUUCAGUACAAAGGAGAACUGACAGUUGUUUUACGUUACAUUCCCCCAGAAGAGAACCUGAUGUUUCCGCCAGGACAACCUCAAGGAAAGAAGACCUUUAAAAGGGGAAAGAAGGAGCCACCUAUACCCUCUGGAGGAAUACUAGAAGUGUUCAUCAAAGAGGCAAAGAAUUUGACAGCGGUGAAGUCAGGAGGCACUUCUGAUAGCUUUGUCAAGGGCUACCUGCUCCCUGAUGAUAGCAAAGCCACCAAGCACAAAACUCUGGUAAUAAAAAAAAGUGUUAACCCUCAGUGGAAUCACACUUUCUUCUUCAGUGGCUUGUAUCCCCUAGAUAUAAAGAAUGUUUGCCUAGAACUUACCAUCUGGGACAAGGAGGCCUUUUCCAGCAACAUCUUUCUGGGAGGAGUUCGUCUGAAUACUGGAAGUGGUGUGAGCCAUGGAAAGAAUGUGGAUUGGAUGGACUCUCAAGGGGAAGAGCAACGCCUUUGGCAGAAGAUGGCCGACAAUCCUGGGACUCCUGUAGAGGGUAUUCUCAUGCUCCGUUCUAGCAUGGGGAAAUGUCGGCUCUGAAGGUACCAUUCUCCAAAAUGAGGCCUCCUGAGACUGUUUGGCUGACACUUCCUACUAGCAGCAGGCUGGGGUCCUGGGAUUCCUCUUCCCUGGCACUUCUCACCUGAGGGCAUUAGGAAAUGAGGGGAGAGAUAUCAGUGGAAUGAACCUUUAGGAUCAUGAUGAAAAUCUAAAAAUGCAUGUAUCUCUAUAUGUCUAUGGGCCAGGACCUUCUUGAUUGGAUGAUAGAAAGCAUACCACAUUGUUCUGUCAACAAGCAAAUCAUGCAAUGAUUCAUAGACUUUACCAUAAGGGAAAUGGCUGGUGCAAGCAUAUUCGACACUAUAGUUGAGAUUGGAAAUUCCAGACUUUCUCUAGUUAUUAGCUACUUUAGGUUUCCUCCAAUGGUUUGAGGGAAAGGGGGAUCACUCAGGAUGUAGAUCACUUGAAGAGUAAGAAGGGAUACUGGCUACUUUUUCCUUACCCUGGGAAUCCCCAUGGUCCAAAGAAGGCACAUGGGGAUGGUUGCUAGGACAAGACUGUGGCUCUGCUAUUUUAGUAAUCUUGUUGCUUACCCAGGUACAUUUUCAGGAUUUUAUGUGGUGACUAUAUAAUUUGUAAUCUAAAUCAGCCCACUUUUGAGAGCCAAGGGAGCUAAACCAUUGUACCAGAAUAACAGAUGUAAAUCAGGAUUGACAUGGAAAAAUUGGGAUGUAUGAUCACCCUAGUUAUGACCUGGCUAUUAGAGCACUCUGUUGCAAACAUGUGUUUUAUAAAAUGUUCCAGUCUUAACUGAAGGGGAAUAAGAAAUAAUGUACAUUUUGAGCCCUGCUUGUGUCAUAUCUAUUGAUACCCCAUUAGUCAAAAGAAGUCACAUGGCCAAGCCCAAAAAUCAAGAGACAGGGAAAUAUGUUCUGCUUACAAAGAAGCCAUGGCAAGAGUGUGGAUGCAGAAGGAAUGAAGAAUCAGGGCCAAUAGUUCAAUCUACCAUACUUUCUGUCACCUAGAAUUCCAGAUGCUUAAGCCACUAAACUUAGAUGCAAAGGCAUUUAAAGCUGAAAAGGGCAUCAGACCUUGUUACUCAUUUUGCAGAUUCCAAAUCUGAGCACAGAGAGCUGAAAUGACUUGCCCAAGAUCAUGUAGAAGCUGUAACUAUAUUUGGACUUAAAUCUGGUGUGUGACUCUUAGGCCAGUGUUCUUUCCACUGAAGUUCUUGGCAUGAUCCUGUUCUUAUUAUGGUGGACAGGAGGACAUAGAUGAAAGAAGGUAGAGCACAGUCUGAUUAUUUGAGUAUGAACAUACCUGACCUAGUCUUCUGGAGUCAUAUUUUAGCCCCUCAGCUACAGGGCCUAAACAUCCUUAAAAGGAUAGAAACUGAAUUUUAAUAGUAGGAAAACUAGAAUCAUCUUCAGGUUUAUUCUAGUUCAUUGUUCCAUAUUUUAAGUUUCUUCUUGAAUUUUGAAAACAGACUUAAGAAUAUACUUAGCAUUAUUCUUAGUAAGAGAAUAAGCAAUCCAUUUUAAUAUUAUUCAAAAAUAGACUAUUUCUAGAAAAUUUAAGUUAGUGACCUAGUGUAGCUUAGUACAUGUGGUGCAUUAAAAAUAGUCACACCCAUAUCCCAAUGUUACCCUUCUUAAAAACAGAAAAAAACAAAAAAUGUAACAUCAUUGCUACUUUCUAUAUUGGAAAAACAAAUUGUCAUCAGAUUUGAUAAGAUUCAUUCUAUCUUCCAUGACAUUUUUAGGGGAGGUUAGAGAGUAGUGAUGAUGAAAUCUAGAGACAUAUCUAAAGUAGACAAAAUGAAGUGGAUUUAUUUACUAAUAAUGAAAGUGGCAAAAUAAUAAAUUCCACAAUUUAUAACUGGAACUCUAGACAAACAUGAACAUAGUGUUCAGAACUUUGCCACAUUUAGAGCAAUUCUCUGCAUCAUGAUUUCAUAAAAACCAAUAUCUGAGCAUUUCUGUGAUGCAAAACAUAAGUAUGCAAAAGUCCAUCAGAAAUAGGUUGGUGUUGCUUUCAAAUAAAAGGCAAAUUAAUCUUUAAGUCACUUUAUUUUUUACUAAGUAUGGUGUAGAAGCACAACAAACCUGUUUAAAUAUUGGUAAUAGAUGUGAAUGACAUAAAGUUUAAAUAGUUCAAAAUUGUGAAAAGUCAGUCUUCCUUUUGCCCUUGUAUAUCAGAAUAUGUUGACAACUUGAUUUUUUUAUGGCUACAGGGUAUUACAUUAUAGGGAUCUAUCAAAUUCAUUUAACCAGUCCUAUCAAAUGCCAUAUUAAAUAUGGUUAAAUAAACUGUCUAUGUUUGGUGGCUUUUC